AUGAGCCAGUCCACCGUCCCACAGACCAUAAGGAUGUCCUCCUUCCUGAAGAAGCUCCGGGGCCUGAAAAAGAAGGAGCAGGAAAGUGUUGAGAACAUCCAGGAGAGCAACCAGGGGCAGCGGGAGAAGCAGGAGGCCCAGCCAUCUAAUGUGCAUCAUGGUGUCGCCCUGGAUCCAGCUGGGCAGCGAACCUCUCAACUCUUGCCCAUGCUGGUGAAGCCCUCCCCAUCACCUGCAGAGGCCCGGAGGAAAUCUCAGCCCGCUCCAGUUGUCUUCCCAGAGAUAGUACAGCGCCAGCCCAGCGCAAAGCAGCAGCGGGGCUUGUCCCAGCCUAAAAAGAAGAGCCUCGAGGAUUCUGGGCCGGUGUUCCCAGAACUCUCAGAUGAAAACUUCAGGUAUUUGUGGAUGGGGAAGAAGAUCCCGAGAGGCAGGACACUCAGAGAAUCUUUGGAGUUGAUGGAUGAGAGAGAAAUUUUAGAUACCAUCCUCAGACACCUCCAGCCAGCUCCCCAGAAGCCGACCUCCAGUCCCCGGAGAAAAUCGACAACCUUGUCCCAAGAUUCAGCUGCCUCCAGCCUAAGAGCAGCCCAGCAGAAGACCUCCAAGGCUGGACACGAAAAGAAUGCCCUCUAUAGAUACUACGGACUCAAACUACGGGAUUCCAGGAGCAAAGAGACAGUCCACCAGUACCUGCACUUACUUCUGAAGUUGCCUCUGGAAGAGGAAACAGUCAGAGAGGGAAUCUCUGAGGCUGUUGGCGUGGCUUCGUACUUCCAUUUAUCUCAAAUGCUGAUGGCACUGAGGGAUUUUGGCCAUGCAGCCAUUGCAAGGAAGAUUGAGAUGUCUGAGAAUACAGAGGAGAAGAAUGCCAGUAUCACUGUCAUGCUUUGCUACGGGCAGAUGGCUCUUGGGGCACGGCAAGAAGACCUGCUGCGCUUCAUCGAGUUCAUUGUGGCAGAGCUCCUAUACCAAUUCCAGAACACCAGGAAGGACGAGGCUCUAAAAAAGAGCCUCAUGAAGACAGCAAUUCUAACAACCAAGGCACUCGUGCAAACGCAUGUGGUAAACAUCAUCUUUCCACACAAAGCAGAGCUCACCAUCUGCAUAAUUGAAGUCAUCGAAGAGGAGCCGCUGGGCUCUUUCUCUAUUUCUGUCCUUCACCACGCCAUCAUCACCGUCAGCUGCAUGACUGCCUUGAAGCCACCUAUGGAUUCUCCGCUUAGGUCGGAGCUAGUCCAAAAAAGCAUAAAGAAGGUCUUUUCGUUACCCUCCUUGAAGCUGACCAAGCUCAAAGCCGGCAGCUCGAUGCACACAACGCAGAGCCAGGACUUCUAUCAGCAGACGGUCACUGCGUGUCUCAACAUGAUGACCAGCCUGCUUUCAGAGGCCCCCUCCCUGGAGACGCUGGAAGAUAUUUUAGUGCACACAAAUGGCUGGAUUGACUCCCCCAGAGUCUAUGAGAGGGAGAGAGCUGUCAAGAGCACCAGCUUCCUGAUGAAAUACGUCUCCGAGCAUUUGGAUUUUGACAUAUCCCACGAUUUCCCCUUUCUUGGACAGCUGGUGGCGCUGUUGUCCCUUCACAUCGCAGACAUUGUGAAGGAGAUUGGCCUGCAGUCAGCGGAGGCCUUGUACCACCUCCAUUACAUCAUGAUAGCCAAAAUGGGGAAGAAGGUGGAGAUGAGGCAUAAGAACAGGAAAGGCAACGUGGUCAAAUGGUUCCGAGAAGAUUUCUUCAUCCCUGGGCCCUCCAUCUUCUACAACGACAUCUCCAAAGUGGCAAAGGCUUUUGGGGAGCACCUCACGCCCAGCCAGAUCAACGACGUUGUGUUGAAGGCAAUUGACAACCUGACCGUGGAAGACAGAGCCAUCUCUCAGGCUGCAGCAGUGCUGCUGAGUUCCUUCCUUGAGGAAUGCGGGAUGGACAUGGAAGACCUGCACAUGAUUGUAAAGGAGAUUUACAACCAUCUCCCCAGGAUCCCAGACCCCCGCACGAAAGAGGAGACACUUACUGCCAUGGUCAACCUUGCCACCAAACGUCUGAACCCCGUGGUAGACAGCCUGUUGGAUUGUUCGAUGGACUGCGAUGAAAGUGCCGUGGUAAUUUGGAAGGCCUUGGUCGCAGAUCCGUACUGCAGCAUCAAGCUGCUGAGACCCCUCCUGAAAAGACUCCAGGAUGAAGACCCCAGUUCAGAAGUCACCAGCAGGCGACACAGCAAGUCUCAAAUGCCAAUGGCGGCUACCAACGCUCUGUGUCUCAUCCUGGCAUUACCUGAGGCUUCGGAUGUUCUGCAGAACAAGUUCCCCCAGCUCUUGCUUGCACUGAUCACCCAGAUCUAUUUUGUCCUUGGGUCGGGCAGAAGAGGUUCGAGGGCGACCAGUCUCAUGCCAGACCCCCCUUCGCAUCUCAGUCCGCUGACGACCACCGUGCAGGCCCUGAAAAACCUUAUUGGGUGUGGCGGCUAUAUCAAAGAAUACAACAUGCUGGAGAUCCAAAGGUGCUGGGAUAUGCUGUCUAGCCCAGAAAACUUUUUCGACGGCAUUCGGCUUCUGAUAAGGACCUUGUUUGCCUACUCCAAAGUGCACCUCAGAAACACUUUCAAGCAGGCCAACGCCUACUUGCGCCGCACUGACGUUAAGGAGCGGACGGUUGGGAUGGCCUUCUUCACCGAGCUCCUUUUCCACUCGGAGAUAGGCUUGUAUUUCGUGAAGCAGGACAUUAUGGACGUCCUGAAGGAGUGGAUGGGGCAAGCCAACCCCCUCAUGCAGCUCUUCAGCGUCCGAGGGCUGGGCUACAUGUUGCUGCACCCGCUGGAGGAAGAAUCCUUGAAUGCCUUCGUCUCGCCCCUGAUAAACUGCGCUUACAAUCCGGACAAGAGUAUUGCCAAAGAGUCCAUGAAGUGCCUGCAACUCCUGUUCCACCACUUGGAGGUGGAGGAAUACAGCUUAGCCGGGUGCAGCCUUUACCCUCAGCUCUUGAAACACUUCAAUGAUGAGGACAAUGAGUUCAGGAUUUGCUCCAUCAGUCUUUUUGGGAUGCUGUUGAGGGGAAUAAAGGAAGAGCACAGGAACAGAGCAGAGGACACCAUCAUCAGGAGCCUCGUCCCCCUGAUAAUCCAGCUAAGCGACCCUGUGAGCGGAGAGGAUUGUCGAAUUGUCCUUAACACAAUUGUCACCUUCCUGAAACUGGGGGAGAUGCCCGUUGACAUCUUUGAGUGUGGGCAGCAAGACAGACUCUACUACAGAUCCUCACUUAUCUGCAAGUACAUUUUGUGGAGAUACAGGCAGAGGUUGCCGGACAUGCUCAUGCAGAUGAUGGAAUACCUGAGGAGCAGGAACCCUGCGCAUCGCGAGGCAGCCAUCAUAUUGAUAGCGUGCAACGCACAGUAUAUGAAACCAGACUUGGUGAGCAACAAACAAAUUGACGACAUUUAUCUGGCUCUCCUGGACCUUCAGGGUGACUUGGACGUGGCUGUGUCCAAUGCUGCGGUGGCUGCCUGCGAGGAGCUGUUAAGACGCUGCGCCGGUCGGAUCAAUCCAAAGAUUUUGCCCAGUCAACAUCUCCAGUCCUUGCUAAAAAACAACACGGCAAGGAAGUGAAAUCAAGAAUUGGCAUGCCCAGAAGGAGGUCUUCAGAGAA